AUGACAACUGCACCACUCACUCUCGCGCAACUGCGGGAACGCAAUGAGCUUUUCCCAAUGCUGACCCUCUGCCACUGUGUGAGUGACGCGGAGGAAAGUCGUAAUGGUCCCCGAUAUAGUGCGCAGGAUAAAAUAAAUGAAUGCAUGUAUGAGAUGCGUUGUCUUCCAUUAGAGAUGCCAAAUACCGAGUCAGGUGUUACCACCCUUUUGCAUGCACAACAACUACGACUAGAUGCGUUGAUUGCAGCUGCAGAGCAACAGGAUCUACCACCUUGUGUUUCACUUCCUAUUGAUGUUUAUGUACAGGAGCUUACAUCCACAAAAGAGUAUUUCGUUGUAUCCGUAUCGUCUUGUAUGGGACUUUCAUUAGGUGAUUUCAUUCACGCUGGUUGUAGGCUUGUGGAAGAAGUUGACUUUGAAGAUAUACUUCGCUGCGUAGAAGCCUAUGGUUUAGUAAGCACUCGACUUCCACCUCACCGAAAUUUAACUCUUAGUGCCCUCCUUCGUCAGCUUGCAGCUCGACCUGGAGCAGUAGAAAUUAGUCAUCGUUCACGUUGGGUAAUUGCUGACUGGCUUCUCCUUUCUGACAAUACUACUCCUGUAACACCCGAUGAGGUGCUUGGAGACUUAGAAUGGUUACUGUAUUCUGCAUUUUCAAAGUUAAAUGUCUCGUGUGAUUUUGAUGGGACAUUGCUGAAAAGAGAGGUGAUAGAGAUGCGUAUUAACGCCACUAUUGACCGUAUUCGUAGAGGUCUGCGGGAUAGUGUCGUUAGUCUUAGAGAGGUCCCCCUCAACGGCGAUGCCCACAAGCAUGAGACCUCCCGAUUGGAGGAGGAGGCAGUGACCGGGAUGACGACGGCAACGACGGGAUCGAUGCGUUUGGCAGACCGCGUGGCGCUACACCAGAGCCGCCUGCAGCGGGAGCGACAAUUUAUUAGAAGAUGUCGAGGGGGCGGUGGGACCCUCCGGCGCGGGGGUCGACCGCCUUUAGAGCCAACGGGCGCCAACGGGGCACGACGCCCGCCGCGGCCAUGGUCAAAGACGACGACAACGGCACCAGCAGCAGCGUCGCCUAUGGUGAUGGAGGUUAGUGCGAGUCAUGCGCUUAGUGAAAUUUCACCUGCCGGUGCGAAUGCAAGACUCUCGCUCGGUGGGCAGGAUGAGGUUGUUCUUGAAGCAGCUACAGUAGCACUUGAAGAGUGGGCCCAACGUGAUGCACAUCGUUCUAUCGCAGAGGAUGAAGCAUGUCGACAACAACGCGAUGCGUUCCGCACCAUGUUAAUGCGUUAUACUGCGAUCUCAAGUAAAGGGCCAUCUUAUCCUUCGAGAGAGGCCAUUCGACUUUCACAAGGGGGAGUACGGCAACUAACCCAUGGCGUCUUUGAUUACUCCCCUCGAGAUGCACAAACAACCACGGGACGGGUUUCGCGUGGUAUGACUACCGUAGAAGAGGUAACAGUCAUUCAGGUAAAUUCAUCCUACGAAUCAUUAGAGCGAGAACAAGAGCAAAAACUAGUAGAAAAAGGAGAGCGAAAAGUUGUUUUUUCUGGUGUUUCAAUUCCAAACAUAAAUAUUGAAUCUGGAGUAGUAACACGUCAAGAAGUGAAUACCGUAUCAGAUGAGCGGUUGCAGAUUAGAAAUUCCCCUCCUGAAAGGAAAGAAGUUCCUAUGCUUUGUCUGAAGAAUAUUAUCAACAAUAUACCGGUUGUCUCCAAAUCCGGAAGAAAAAAUGGGCAAAAAAAACCAUCGACAAAGGUAGAUUUGUUUUUUGCAGCACAGACAACAGAGACCUCUCCGUUAUUUGAUAACUUCGUUCCUACAAAGAAUCAACGUUCAACGAAUGGAAAUACUCGAUCAGCACCUCAACGUGGACGAAGUAUUUAUUCAGUUCAUCAUGAUCUUUCAGGGACAUCAAUGCGUUCUCAAAGAACAGGGGAAAACAAAGUCACAUUUACAUUAAAUAACACUCCUGUUAUUGCAACAGCUCGCAAUCAUGGAGAAAGGGUGAGUAGUAAUUUGUUACACCCCUGGCGAAGUGAAGAAUCAUCGAGAUUACCGCCAAGACGCUCAAGAAGUGCUAAUACUGUUAAUGGCAGCGUCUCUCGUGGUCAAGUGCGUCCGGUUAAUGAGACUUCGCUUGGUAUUACGCUUAGACGUCGCCAGGCUGGCAUUCAUGACGGUGUUUGCUGA